AAGCGCAACCGCACUGGAGAACUCCGGCAAGACUUUACGCAUAUAAGCUUCAGGAUUUACGCACACUAGUCGUCCUGCGAUCGCAACAGCUCCUCUAGCACACUCUGAGUUAUGGGAUGUACAAAUCAUACCAGUUGACAAGGGGACACUUGGUUAAAUAGUGCGCGUAAAGCAUGACUUGGAUACGCACAUGUUUUCUCUUCUCUUGUGUCGGACAUGUGUUGGCCAAUCCGCCAGCUGAGACGAAGAUUUAUUUGGAUAACAUCACGCGCAUUUUGGAUAGAUUAUUAGAUGGAUAUGACAACAGACUACGACCUGGAUUUGGAGGUCCUGUCACAGAGGUUAAAACGGACAUCUUUGUCACCAGCUUUGGUCCUGUAUCUGAUGUGGAAAUGGAAUACACAAUGGACGUGUUUUUCCGGCAAACGUGGAUGGACGACCGGCUGAAAUUUGAGGGCCCCAUUGAAAUCCUGCGCCUCAACAACCUCAUGGUCAGCAAAAUCUGGACUCCAGACACAUUCUUCCGAAAUGGCAAACGCUCCAUUUCACACAACAUGACCACUCCCAACAAGCUGUUUCGCAUCAUGCAGAACGGAACUAUCCUGUACACAAUGAGGUUAACCAUCAAUGCUGAGUGCCCUAUGCGACUGAUAAACUUUCCGAUGGAUGGACAUUCUUGUCCUUUGAAAUUUGGCAGCUAUGCUUACCCAAUGAGUGAGAUUGUAUACACAUGGAAGAAAGGGCCGUUAUUUUCAGUAGAAGUACCUCAAGAAAGCUCCAGUCUGCUACAGUAUGAUCUGAUCGGACAGACAGUGUCCAGUGAGAGGCUCAAGUCAAACACAGGUGAAUACAUCGUCAUGACUGUAUUCUUCCACCUGCAGAGGAAGAUGGGUUUCUUCUUGAUUCAGACCUACAUCCCAUGCAUUAUGACAGUGAUCCUUGCACAGGUUUCCUUCUGGAUCAACAAAGAGUCUGUACCUGCCAGAACUGUGUUUGGCAUCACCACAGUGCUUACCAUGACCACGCUGAGUAUCAGCGCCCGCCACUCUCUACCCAAGGUCUCGUACGCUACAGCCAUGGACUGGUUCAUCUCCGUCUGCUUUGCAUUUGUCUUCUCUGCCCUUAUCGAGUUUGCUGCUGUCAACUAUUUCUCCACCUUACAGGCCAAUAAGGAACUUCGGCGGGCCAACGCGACCCGUGCUGCAGCCAUGGUGGCGACGAGCACUGAUGGGGAAUUCAUUUCGCAUCCUCUGGACCCUGGUGGCGUGUUGAAGAAGAGGUUGAACUCUCUUUCUCAAAGAGACGUUGCAGAGAGAUUCUCUAGGCCGUGCCAGUCUGAUUUCCGUCAGCAAGGUUCUGCUGUUCCUGCCAACAACUUGCUGACAGGAACUAGUAUCAUUGACAAGUACUCACGCAUCCUUUUCCCGCUAUCUUUUGGGGCCUUCAACCUGGUCUACUGGAUUGUCUAUCUCACCAAAGACACUAUGGAGUCCAGGGAGGUGUAAGCCCUGUUAGAACUUCUCCAAGGAGAAAGGCCACUUAGAGAGCAUGUGUUGACCUCUCAUUUCUGUGGCAUGAAGCUCUCCGACUGCAGAAUGACUCUCCUUCUCUUCCCUAUUGACAUUCAAGGUGCAUUAGCACUUGUGUUUCAAGUAUGGCAUUGACCCAGAAGUACACACUCAACAUUCUCCCUGCACAUUCACCAUAACACUUUAAUAAAAAAAAAAUUAUAAUAAUAAAAAAAAACUCUGCAGACACUAUCACUAACAGGCAUGUAUUGCAAAAGAGCAGAAAAGGCAUUCCAAGAUUCAAUUCAAGUUUGUUGGAUUCAGGAAGUGGACUCUAAUGUAGAAAUUCCCCUAAAGGUUCAGUGAUGGUUGAAUACAGGAAUGUUUAAUAUACCUGGAAAGAGCUAUCUGCGGGUAUUCUCCCUUCUCAUUUCCUGGCACAUGCAUCCCUGGAGGUUCAUAGGCACUCAGUUCUGGAAACACUUUUUUGAGCCAAUCACCAUAGUCAUAAAUGUCAUGUGACUGAUCACUCUGCAUUAACUUGGUAACACUUUACAGUAAUGUUCCCUUUGUCAAGGGUUCAUAAAGGGGUUUAAUAAUGACUAACAAGUCAUCUACAAAUGCUUUAUAAAUCAUUGAUAUGCAGUUGUAACAGCAUGAAUAAAAAGGGUGACUUUAAUGCAAUAUUUGCCGAAUUGUGAGCAAUUUAACUUGAAUGUAAUACAUGCUUAAUAAAUACACUUAUCCACACUUGUAUUAAUCAAAAACAUAAAAUGCACUGAUUUAUGUAACAAUGCAGCAAACAUAGACUGUUAAAGUAAGAUUAAAAGGAGAGAUUAGAUCCUUUUGCUAAAGUUCACUUUGUGUUUAUAUUCACUACUGUAACAUCUUGGCUCAUUUUUGUUGUCAUUUUCCUUGUCAGGAGAAAAAAAAAAAAAAAAUGGUGCUACUCCUAUUGGUGUCCCAACUUAACUAGACCUAGUUACCUAAAGUCCUCUGCAAAACACUUUUCAGCAUACAUCUUAUAAUAAAUCCUGAUCACCAUUAAACAUACUUAACUUUAUGUAGAUCGAUUACUAAUGUUGGCAACUCCUGAAGAAAGUCUUAUGUGUCCACUUUACAUUACGGUACAUGUUCUUAGGGUACUAAUACCGAAUAAGCGUUAUUAAGCAUUUACAACAUGUGAGGUAAAAUGGCUCACUCUUUGGCAGGUAUUGCAUGAAAGUAACCAUUUUUUGCAUGCUGUUACAUCUUCAUAUUUGUAUGCAUUUAUUUUUAAUGCAUUUGUAAAUAACUUAUUAUUAAUAAUGAACCUCUUUAUAAAUCCUUAACAAAGGGAAAUUCAUGUAAAGUUUUCCCUAAAAGUCCUUCAAGCAGAUAGGGAACAUUUCAAACUGAUAAGAGCUAUCUAAAUAAUCAAUCACUGGUUAAAAAUACUAUAAGAUUAAGGUUUUUUUUUGGUAACACUACAGUAAGGUUCCAUUCGUUAACAAUAGUAAAUGCAUUAGGUAUCAUGAACAAACACUUAACUAUAUAUAUAUAUAUAUAUAUAUAUAUAUAUAUAUAUACACACAUACAUUUUUAAUGUUGGUUAAUAAAAAUACAAUUGUUCAUUGUUAAUGUUAGUUCAUAGUGCAUUAACUAAUGUUAACAUUAACUUUUUUUUAUUUUAAAAAUGUAUUAGUAUAUGUUGAAAUUAACAUUAACUAAGAUUAAAAAAUGCUUAAGCAUUGUCCAUUGUUAGUUCAUGUUUACUUAUGUUGUAAACCAAACUUUUUUUAUUUUUAUUUAUUUUUUAUUGUAAUAUGUUAGGGGUGGACGAUAUGACCAAAAUCUUAUAUCACGAUAUGAGUAAUUAUAUAUCACAUUUAUAGUAUUUAUUUUUUUAGAAAAUAAAAAGAUAUUAUAAAACAAAAUAGAAUAAUAAAAUAUUAAAUAACCAUACGGUACUGCCAACUUUUGGAUAAUCCUAAUCCAGUCAUUGAAUUAAAUACUUUCAGAUACUUUUAUUAAAUUUUCUCUUUAUUUGGAAAUUGGCAAUAGUCCAAGUAAAUAAAUAAAAACACAAAAUAAACAAUGAUUUAAAACUUGGUUUUAAAUCAUUCUUACCAUAAUGCUAAAUUUCACAUGUCUGAUGUUGUUGACCAAUAUUAAUAAUAUUAUGAGCUUCCCAAAUCAAUGCAGCAAAUAAAAUAAUGCAUAAGUUAAAAAAAGAAACUAAACACAAAUAUCCAAAAUUAUGUAAACAUUUCUUACCGAAAACAAAUGUUAAAUAAACAUAAACAACAACAAAAUUAUGACCGAAUUAAUGCAAAACACAUCUUUUGGCUUUCAUAAUAUACUUUUGCGUGCUUCAUUUUGAGGUAAAGCAAAUUGCUUGUAUUACGAGUGAUUAUCGUCGUGCGACACGAUUUGCAGAUUAUAUUUUUCUGCUCUGUGUUGGCUUUUGUGAACCAACACCACAGAUGUUACACCUUUUUUACUAACAAGCUCCUCUUCAUUUUCUUGACUUGUUUAGGAGUCGUUUUUCCUGGGUCAAAGAUUGAGUAGCAUGAGUGAUCCCGCUCUGCGCUCUCCUGUAAAUAUAGAGUAUCCUGCUCGACUCCAGAGAAAGCACACGUGAUGCUCACAUGAAACACAGAUGCGCAGGUCUCACGUGAAGCCCUGCCCACAUAGAUAAGCCCACGCUGCACACAUGGAUAUUUACAUAUCACGAUAUACACAUUAUAGCAAAAUCUCUAUCGACUGACACUUUAUAUCGUCACCACGAUAUAUAUUAUCAUAUCACCCAGCCCUAUUAUACGUUGAGUCCGAAUACAAAGCUAGUUUUAAAUGGCAGUUUAUUGUGAGCAAUACCCAAGGUUGCCUGCAUAAUGGUGUGGUAACAUUAUCAACCAGCAGGAGCUUACUGCCAAAGUUAACCAGCCAGAAUUUGAAACUUUGGUUGGAUCUUUUGGUUGUCAAGCCAAUCACUUUUGUAUUAAUGGGUGCAUUUUCAAUCUUGAACUUGGGAAUAUGAUGACGGAACCUUACUUGUUUCAUAGGUUGCACCUGGUCGUGUAAAUGGCCUAAUUUUUCUUGGUCCUUUUAUGACUAUGCCAACAUAGAAUCUCAUUGAAUCACGUUACAAUAUCUACAUUUUUGCUAAAUGAUUUUAACGUGGCUCGUUGUACAUAUUGCGGCAGUUACCUGGUGAAAUGAACACUAGAGGCUUCAACAUCAAUGACUUAUUCACUUUCACACAAAUCACAAGUGAAAUGGCAGAUUAUCAGUUUAUAAACAUUUACUUUUCGUCUUGUUCUUCACACAAUGCUAUCUUAUGACAUCUAAACUGUUUUACUAUAGCGCAUGACUUGUAAGACCACCUUUACAAGCUCACAUUACUUUGAUGCAGUUGCUUUUAUCCAAACAGGUUUACAUUUUAUCAGUUUGUUCAAGUGUGAUUUAAUUGCAUGGUAGCUCAACUUAUACUUAGAGCAUUGCACUUUAUGUGGUACAAGUCCUAAAAAGCACAUGAGCUGAAAGAGUCAUAGAAGCACCACAAAGUGAGGUUGUUGCUUCAAGAAUUGUGUUUUCAUCUCACAUUUGCUUUUAUGCCUUGAUAUAUUUCUGUAGAAGUUCUUCUUCGUUCGGGGGUAAAAAGAAGUUCUAAACAGCCAAACAAUGGUAUACUGUUUCCAAACAUUCAGACACCCAUCACACUGAUGUGAGAGGUGUUUAGAAGUACAUUUAAAUAUGAGGACACUACAUGUAAAACCUUAAUUUGUUAUCAAUGACUUUGACUCAUUCUGAGUAGAAUUCACAUGAGGUCAGUAAAAGAAGCUGUUUUAACCACUCGAUGAUGACUUAAAGUAAUAUUCAUGCAGUAGAAAAGGCUUGUCUUGUUUACAUUAUGAAUUCAUGACGCUAAUGCGCUAACAUGAUACACACGGCCAUAAUAUGCACCGGUUACACUCUGUUAUUGUAAUUUAUUAUGACACCGAUACCAUUGCAAAGAUGAAUGUAUAAAAGUGUAAAUGUGCAGAACAAAGAUAAAACAAUGAUGAUAGAGGCAUAUCUUACUUUAGACAGAUGUGUGAAUGGCUUUUGCUGCAGAUGGCACAUGAGUGAAUGGGCACUUGAGAGUAUUUGAUUCCUUUAGUAGACUAAAAAAAAUAGUCACAUGACUUGGUCUUGGAAAAUGUCUCUAAGCAAACGAUUGUACAGAUAGUUACAUUAGCAUCAGCUCGCUAGUAACUCUGCACAUCGAUGUGUUCAUGUUGACUGAUUUUGACUCACUGAACAACGUAAACAAAAAUAGCCAUCGGCCUCAAGGUAGGUGGAGCUCCAGGUCACACCUACCAAUGAUGUGGACCAAUGGCAGUAAGAAGGUGUUUAGUAGCCAAAACAAAUGCAAAAAACCUUCUUUUUGGCCAGAUUUUGUUCUAAAUGACGUUACACCCAUUCGUUCUUCGAUUUUGUAGGAAGUAUAUCGAGACCUUAAGGGUUAGGUUUAAGGUUUAGGGUAGGGAGGUCGGUUUUUUGCUUUUAAAACGCGAUAGAGCAUUAACCUUAAUCUCAUCUGUUUGAGAGAACAUUUAACUGACUUUUAGCGCCAUACAGAGGACAUUUCACCUCGGAACUGCUGCGAUACAUGCAAUGAACUAUGUAAUAUCAAUUAGAAAAAAAGUCACCAUAGACACGGAAAUUUCAUGAGAUUAGGCUGGACUAUGCAGACAAUGGACCAAAUGGUUGGCCAGAUCAUUACAGAUCCCCCAGUGUGCUGACUAAAGCUAUUGUUUUUAUGAGAUGUAUCAUCUCAUAAUACUAACCCUAACUUUUUCCUUCCUGUCCUUGUGGCGAGUUCUUGGCCAGAAUAAGCUGCAUUGUUGAUCAGACUUCAUGUCAUUAGUCAAAGGUCUGACUAUAUGCGACUAGGUACUAACAAUUUAGCCUAUUUUUAGCUCAUUAGAGGUGCAUCUGUUGCCACAUAGACUGCUAAUUGCUAACUGGCCUAUUGCGACUCACCGUUUGUAAUUGCAGUUUGUUCACAUCAAAGUUAAGCUGCUUUCAUUUAUGUGGUAUUUCUUUUAUUAUUCCUCUACACACACAAUCACACACAGUUCUAGUCUAUCCAGACACGAGGACACCUGAGGCAAAGACCGUGCGCUAUCUUCAGACAGUCGCUGUUUUCUUGAAUAAUUUUUUCCCUCUUUUUUUGCUUCAUUGACUUGAUGGGGGUCUUUUAAGAGGGAACUCGCAGCGGUUUUGGACGAGGCAGCCCUCCUGGCGACAGCCUUGAGUAUGUAUGUCUCAAAUGUCUUGUCUUAUUCACACUUUUCUAAAAACAUUCAGAUGGGCUUUCACUCCCACAUAUGCCCUUUGCGAGAGUCUGUGAACUGCAUUUGUCGUAAUAGAUUCAUUGCUGCUGCGAUGUUGCGAUUGAUGAAUUGUUACUCUUAUUCAAGGGGCUAUUGUAAAUGAGGAUGUUUUAUUAAUGGCCUUCAUCAAAGCAUUUUAUGAAAUGUAUUUAAAUUUAUCACCAUUCACACUUGUGCUUUGGCAGAAAAGAGCAUCUGUGAACGGUUUCCUGGCAACAGUGCACCCGCUCUAAAUUGAGCUUGUUUAUUGAUGUUGUUUUUAAAAUGUUUAUCUCAUUUUUAUUUUUUCCAUUGUUAAAGGCCUCAAAAGUAUGUUCAGACCUCAUCUUAUUAUGAGGUAUACUGAAUGACCUUUUUGCAUUUUCAUUUCCAAGAACAUUAACACUUAGUAAUUCACUUCUUAAUUAGUUUCAUACAGUUAGAUUCAAGUAAUUCAAAUCAAUUCACAAACAAUUAUGCAAUUUCCAAUUAAGAUGAGGUGGUAAAUGCUAAUUUUAAAAGAUGCACGGUCAAAUGCGUGUUUAGUGUUAAAUUCAAUGCUGUAUGUACAUAUAUACCUAUGGGUUAUUUAUAUUCCUGUAGAUAAGCUUACUGGUUGACUCAUUCUUUUGCAUUUUUUCUUUUAAAUGGACUGUCUGGUCUCUCAUGCACACAAAUUGACAGCUUCUUGACAGGAACCCCUGACCUGUCUAGCUUUGACAUAGCUCUGUGAAAAGAAAAGCACAAAUCAGAGGGUUAUGUGUGUGUUUGAGGAAAAAUAAUCAUUCUUAGCACAAUAUGAGCAGGUAAUAAAGCCUGUCAUGAUAAAUCCAGUAUAGAAAUAACAUUGUUGAAAGCAGAUGAUUAUAUAUACUAAUGUAUCCUCAUGAUAUUUUUUGGAAAUGACAGGGUGUAUUAAGCUUGGCUUUUUAUUUUAACCAUUUUGGUUUUAUUUGAGUUUUAUUUUGUACCCCAAGCAUGUUUCUUUGGUUAUAAUUCAAAUGAGAACUAUUCUUUUCCUCUUUCUGGGUUUGAUUGUAAAGAUUUGUCAAAUUAAAUAAAUUUUAGUAUGUCUGUUACAUAUUGUCAAAUGUUAACUAUAAUAAGGCUUUUUCUUCAGUGGCAAGGUCUGGUUUUAUAGCAUGUAUAUUGUUUUUGAACAUGCUACUGUAAUGUGCAAAGAUUUCAGUUAUUUAACAUGCAACUUCUGUUCUCAUUAAAUUCUGAAAUGAAUAAGAAAUGAA